GCAGAACAACUUUCGAUGCUUUACUUCUGCCUUCUCCUUGUUCUCCUACUUCCGAACAACGGAGUAUCGAGUGAAGCAUCAUGUGCAAGAAUGGAUGUUCCGGUAAUGCAGAGGAUCGCACAAGGACUUUGCACAUCUAGUUGUACAGCACAGAAAUGCAUGACCGGAAUAUGCAAAAAAGUCGACUCGCAUCCAACAUGCUUCUGUGGAGGUUGUUCAAACGCCAACGAUGUGUCACUUGAUACUUUGAUUUCUCAGCUCCCACACAACUAACCAUAUUUAUAUGUUUGUGAAUGAAUCGCGAAAUGUGACCU